UCCUAAGGGAGAGCAUGCAGGAGUCAGAUUAUCUCCCUUAACAUGCUUUGCUCAAGGUGCGAUCUGUGACACUGGAUAAUGCCUACAAGAAAAAGAAUGUCCAGAAAUGCUUGAUGGAUUCAGCUUAAUUGUGAUCUCAUUGUUUUGAGUCCCAAUCGGCUUAACACCAUGGACAUUGAUGUUAGACUAGCCACAGCACGUGGUCAGCUUGGCCUUAAGCAAAGUGAUGAACCUAUCAGUUUGGUCACCCCUGGUGAUGUCAUCACAUCUGAUGCAGGCUUCAUGCGAGGGCAUGGAACUGCAAUGGAAGAAGAUCGCUUACAAGCCACUGUUGCUGGCAUGGUGGAACGAGUCAACAAACUGAUAAGUGUGCGACCAUUAAAGUCACGUUACACCGGAGAAAUUGGGGAUGUUGUUGUUGGACGCAUUCUGGAGUUAGGAACCAGGCGGUGGAAAGUUGAUGUACGUGCCAAACUUGAUGCAGUGCUCAUGUUAUCAUCUGUAAAUCUACCAGGUGGGGAGCUGAGGCGCAGGUCCGAGGAAGAUGAGCGUAUGAUGCGGUCAUACCUGCAAGAAGGAGAUCUCAUCAGUGCGGAAGUCCAGAAUGUCAUGUCAGAUGGCACACUUUCGCUACACACUCGUAGUUUGAAAUAUGGGAAAUUAGGACAAGGUGUUCUUGUACAGGUACCACCAUCGCUCAUCAAGCGUCGGAAAACACACUUCCACACUUUACCAUGUGGAGCUUCAAUCAUCCUAGGCAACAAUGGCUACAUCUGGUUAGCUCCUACAACAAGUGAGCCUGAAAACACAGGAGGGUACACUGUAAACCUUGCGCCAAUAGCACACAGUGACCGGGAGGCAAUAGCUCGACUCAGAAAUUGUGUUCUUGCUCUAGUGGAUCAUUCAUUGCUAUUGUAUGAUACAAGUAUUUUAUAUGCUUAUGAAGAGUCAUUAAGAUUUGACUGCAAAUCCAUCUUAAAAGCUGAAAAUGCUGCAGAAAUUGCAGAACUGACUCAACAGAGGUUAGAGCAAGAAGGCUAUCGUUGAAAUCAACAUAACCUCAAUAGAAUUAAAGACUAAGAAAAUCACCAGUAAUGCAGUACACGUUUGUUGGUCACAUUUAUCUGUAAAUCUUUUUUUAAAGUUUUAAAAAUAAUGACAAGAAUAUACUGUAUGAAGGAUGUUUAUAAUAUUGUCUGCUCUGACCAACUUCCCUCGUGCCUCAAAAAGUGUUAGAAAACCAGGUUUCAGGACCCAUUUUCGCUGGUCCAGGAACAACAACAGUGUUGUGGGUUGGUGGUCAGAUCUUUCCUUAAGCACUUUCAAUUUCUCAUAUACUCAUACAGGACAUAAUUUCUCAUACAGGACUGCAUGACGGCCUGUUUUAGUCUCGGUUGUUGUUUUUUUUGUAAUUAAAAAAAAAAUUUUUGUUUAAGCAAAGAUCUCUGCCUAUUUUAUUCUAGCUCAUUAGUGAAUUCUUUAAAGAACCAGUACUCAUUAGAAUUUGCACUUUAAAUGUAUGUGUAUUCAUUAUUUGUUAUAUUCACAUAAAGCAAAUGCUCAGACUAUUUGACAGGUAGGUGUAACCUUAACUGUUGGAAUAGGAAAUAGCAAGGAUAGCUACAUUCUGUGCUUUCUGCAGUACCCUUUCACUUCAGCUUAUUUAAAUAUUAACACUUGUCAAUCCUUUCAAUAAUUUUAUUAUAAUAAAUCAUUUGUCACUUUUA